AUGGAGCCUGUGUUUGUCGCCGUGUCGACGACCGCAAGGCAGCUAUUUCACCUUUUAAGCUUUCUGACGACUGUAUCAUUUUCUGAUAUCUUACCAGCCGUUAUCUUCCUUGAUGUAGCGCUCUUCAUAACCUAUAAAGUCCGACGGUCUAAUAAAGACCCUAACUUGCAAUAUGACGAGGAAGACGAGAAUGACAUACCGCCCUUCGAAAUUUCUCUCUCCUCUCUGCUUGAAACGCUGCAGGUACUAGGGAUCAGUGACAAACCCCCCAAAGGUUCCUGGUCGACACGUAACGGAACCAGCACCUCCGCCUUUGACUCUCACGCCACGGUUGGUAUGACCGGUCUUUGUCGUCUGUCGUACCAAGCCGAAGGAGACCCUCUCUGCAUUGUCCUGGAGGAGGCCGGUGUGACAACGACCUGUGAACUGACUACAUACGAGUCGUCUUUUGACGACGAAAUUCCUUUGCAGAAAGACGCAUUGAUGCAGAAGAUUAUCAUGAGAUCAAGCUGGCUGCACGAUGCGAUUAUGGAGUUGGCCUCGUCAUCACCGACGCGCCUUACGAUUGCAUCAUCCCCGCAGGCUCCAUACUUCACGUUGUCUUCCACUGGUCCUUUCGGCUCUGCAGCAGUUGAAUUCAGCAAAGAUCCUCAGCUACUUGAGACAUUCCAAGUCUCAAGCCGGUCAGUGAACACCUACAAUUACAGCCUGAUCAGAUCUGCAAGCAAGGCAAUGGCAGCAGCCACGAAGGUUAGUUUGCGAAGCGAUGAGCAAGGUGUGUUGAGUUUGCAGUUCAUGAUUGAGACGGAUCAUGAGGGUAAAUCAAGUGGAAUCAUUUUUGUGGAUUUCAGGUUCGUCCCAUAUCUUGAUGAGGAAGAAGAGAAUGGGACUAGUCAGCAAACCCUCAACGAUAGUGAGCUGUAG